AUGCCGACUCGAGACUCGUCCAUUUCCCCCUCUCCCGCCACGCCGUCUCACUCUGCUCUCACCUCUUCCCCCCAUUGUAUUGAUGGCUCUGGCGCGCAGUGCGGGAGCUGCUGGACGAUCGUGGCCGUCGAUUCCGUGUCGAUGAUGUGGGCGAUCAUCAACAACACGACGCCGCAGCUGCUGUCGCCGCAGCAGGUGUGCGACUGCGCGACAAAACAAUGCUGCAAGGGCGGCUGGCCCGACUGGGCCUUCUCCUACAUCCUCUUUAAUGGCGGCAUCGCAACUCUCGACGAGUACCCCUAUCUCGCGGAAGACAGCGUUGUCUGUAACGCGAACGCGUCGACGCCGCUCGCGGCGAAAAUCACGGGGUGGGAGCUGGUUCCGCCGUACAACGCCAUGGCGCUCAUGAAGGCCGUCAGUAUGCAACCGACCGUCGCGUUUCUGUCCGGCAACGCUAACGAUUUCCAGUACUACUCGUCGCGCGGGAGCGUGAAGAUUUACGACGGCACGUGCACGACGGAUAUUAACCACGCGGUGUUGGUGGUCGGGUAUAACUACACCGGGCCGGGUCUGGAGGGCAGCUAUUGGAUAUUGAAGAACUCGUGGUUCAACACGUGGGGCGACGGGGGCUACAUGUACCUCGCCAUGACGCCCGACGUGCGCGGGAAAUGCGGGCUCCACGCCAUUCCCGCCAUGUACCCCGUCUACUACGCGGGUCCCGAGCCCGUCAAGAUCGCCAACGGCCCGUUCCGCCGCCAGGACGACGGCUACGACGGCAAGUGGUGGUCGCGCGCUUACAACGGCCCCGUCGACGCGUGCGCGAAUCUCAUCAACCCCUGCGGCGGCGGCCGCUGCUACACGCUGCGCGGGAUCGCGCGCUGCGACUGCCGGUACCUGGCGAACAUGGUGGAGGUGCUGUCCACGCCCACGGCCAAGUGCGUGCCGCGCUACCCGUGCACCAGCCGCGAGCUCUUCAACCCGUGCGGGAGCGGCGUGUGCCGGAAUCCCGGCGACGGGACGUACACGUGCCAGUGCCCUGCGGGCUACGCCAUUGGCACGGCAUCGGACGGAACCAUCACGUGCGUGGGCGUGGGCACGACGGCGGCUGUGGGGCAGACGUACACCACGUCGCCCGGCGACUCGUGCACGGUCGUCGCGAGCACGUUCAAGAUGUCCGUCAUCGUGCUCGCUAACCUCAACCCCUUCCUCGACUGCUCGCUCGCUUACAUCGCCCCUGGCAUGGUUCUGCUCGUAUCUAACACGACCGCCAGCACGAGCACCUUCGUGUGCACAUCCACAUACACGGUGCAGACCGGGGACACGUGUCAGACGCUCGCCAACACAUACUUCAACGGCGAUGUGCUCGCGCUGGCCGCCGCGAACCCGCUCAUCUGCUCGCCUGGCCGCGCGUCGCUGCUGCCCAUGCAGCAGAUCUGCAUCGGCACCACCUCGCCCACCUCCCAGAUCUCCGUGCCGCAGUGCGGCCAGACGUACACGUCAGUGGUUGGGGACACGUGCGACGCGAUCGCCACCAAGUACAACAUUGCGCUCAGCACUUUCAUGAGCCUCAACCCGGCGCUGUCCUGCGACUCUGCCCUCAAGAUCGGACUCUACCUCUGUGUUGCACCCAAGACCUCUCUGACCACGGUCAACUGCACGGCAACGUACACGGUGCUGCAGGGCGACAACUGCCCCAACAUCUGGAACGCUGCCAACCUCACAGAACCCCUUUUCCUCGCCAUCAACCCCGGCAUCAGGUGCCAAGCCCCGUACCUGCAAGUCGGACAGAAGGUCUGCAUCAAGUCGCCUCUGCUGGCGACCCUCAUGGUUCAGACUAACACCAGCUUCUCGAUCUACACCGUCGAAGAAGGCGACACCCUCGCUCUCAUCUCCUCCAAAUUCGUCACCCGCUGCACCACCGUAUCCAUCUCACCCGUCAACAUCGCCGCCCAAAACAACAUCCUCGAGACCUCGCCUCUCUUUGUCAACCAGACGCUGAUCAUUCCCUGCGACUCCCGCGUCGGGAUUCUCGACUGCGGGUGCGCCGAGUCCCUCCCGGUGUGCGGCGCGGAUUUCGUCACGUACCCGUCAUACUGCGACGCGGUUUGCAACUACGCCAUGCCGGUGGUGCAAGACGGGCUCACUGGUGGGGCGUUCCCUGAUUGGAGCAUUUAG